UUUUCCAAAGAGAGGGCGUCAGUAUCACAGUGGGGACAGUAAGAGAGGCUCGCUGAAGCAGUGUAGCCUGACAUCUGGACUUUUCCCAUCUGGGUUUACUCAGGAAGUAUGGCUCUCCAACCUACAAGCGUCCCAGACCAAAACACCACCAACGGCACGGAUUGUCUGGAUGUUUACGACUGGGAGUGGCUCUACACCAGCCAACCCGUGUAUAUUCUGCUCAUAACUGUGCUGGGAAUCCUGUUCAAUGUGUUUAUCCUGAUGGUUUUCUGCUUCCACAAGAAGGCUUGCACCGUGGCUGAGAUCUACUUGAGCAACCUGGCCGCUGCCGACCUCAUCCUGGUGUCCUGUUUGCCUUUUUGGGCUGUCUACAUAUCCAACGGUUUCAAUUGGCCUUUUGGUCCGUUCAUGUGCAAAGUCGUCAACCUGGGCAUUAAGUUAAACGCCAACAGCAGCAUCUACUUCCUGGUUCUGGUUAGCAUGGAUCGCUACGUGGCACUGGUGCAUACCAUGUCCCACGGCAGAAUGCGUAGGCCAAAAUACGCCAAACUGGGCUGUCUGCUGGUGUGGGGUUUCGGCGUGCUCCUGAGUUUCCCCACAAUCUUCUUCAGAGAAGUGAAAUAUUUGCGAGAGUAUAAUGUGACGGCCUGCUUUCUGGAUUACCCGGACUUAACCACAGAGCUGUUCUUUGAUGGGAUAUUGAUUGUUUUUGGCUUCGUUGUCCCCAUUUCCGUUGCUUCAUUCUGCACUCUUAAGAUUAUCCAGGCUUUGACGAACCAGAUGACGGAGCGGUUCAAUGCCGAGAAAACGGAGCAGAAGGCCACCAAUUUGGUGCUGGCGGUCCUCCUGGCGUUCUUUAUCUGCUGGGUGCCCUUCCACGUGGUCACCGCAUUGGACGUACUGGUGCGAGCUGAGAUCCUGGGAGGGUGUCAUCUUCAGUCCGUCCUAGAGAUCUGCAAUCAGAUUUUCACUUACUUGGCCUUCUUCAACAGUGUUCUCAACCCCAUCCUGUAUGUUAUUGUUGGAAAGAACUUUCGUAAAAAAGUUUGUGAACUCUUCAAGGAGUGGAAGGUUCGGAGAGCGGCCGCGCCUGAGUCCUUGCGUCUAUCAAACCUGUCCUCUACUCUGAAGACGGUGGUAUAAAGUACUGCUAGUGUAACUAUUGGGACAAAACAACCCUUCCUCCAUGUCUUCU